AUGAUUUCCCUACUUGCGUUUGCUUUCUUACCUUUUGCUAAUUCUUUGAAUAUAACUUGUAACAAGAAUUGGUGCCCAGAUUCCUAUGUAAUUUUGACUUAGAAAGGAGACGGCUACUGUGAUACAGACUGCAUGACUGAAUAUUGCAAUUUUGACGCAGCAGCUGCGACAGGAGAUUAUGAUUUUACUAAAUCUGACUGCUAUGUUGAUUGCGUUUAUUAUAAUGGUUGUAAUCCUGCUUUAUUAGGAGAUGGAACCUGUGACAGUGCUUGUGAUAAUGCUAAGUGUGGUUGAGAUUUAGGAGACUGUGGGUAUUGUGCAGAUGGCUGUAAUUUUUAUUCAGGCUAUAAUGACAUGCUUGGAAAUGUUUGCUAUUCAGUGUGCAAUGCAGCUAGCUGCUAUUACGGUGAAAGUCAAUGCAAAGAAUGCAGCACAAAUUGUACAUCUGAUCUUUUAGGAAAUGGGGAGUGUGAUAAUUCUUGCAAUAACGCUGAUUGUAAUUAUGACUUUGGAGACUGUGAUAACAGCACAUGUGCAGAUGGCUGUUUUUCAUGAAUGAUAAACGAUGGAGUCUGCAAUUCAGUCUGUUAUGUUGCAGAUUGUAAUUAUGAUGGAACAGAUUGUGACUGUGCUCCUGGCUGCACAGCUGCCAUGCUAAACAAUAGUAAAUGUGAUUCAGCGUGCAAUAACGCUGCUUGUAAGUAUGAUGCUUACACUUGUGGAGACUGUAGUAGUGGCUGCUUUUAUGCAAACGUAAGUGAUGGAGUUUGCCAAGACGCCUGCUGAGUUUCAAGCUGUGAUUAUGAUGGGAAUGAUUGCCAAUGUGCUUUAGGUUGCAAUCAUACAAAUUAUGGGAAAUGCGAUGAGAAGUGCAUGACUGCAGAUUGCUAUUAUGACCAAUUCAGCUCAGAUACAACUGAGCAAUGCCAAAAUUCAAAUUUGAUGCUGUUUUAUAUGCAUUUACAGCUUGUGAAUAACGAUUUAUCAACUAUUCAAAAACUCAGUGAUUGCGCAGGCCAAAACUGUAAUACAGAAAUGCUAUUAAGUAGCCAGAAUACCUGUGUUCAAAAUUGUGAUACCAAAUCCUGUGCAUAUUCUUGGCUUAGCUGUCAACCUGAAGCGAAUACUCGUUGCCAUGAUAGAAAUUGCAAAUCCUGCUAUGGUCAAAAUGAUGGACAGUGCUAUAUGUGCGACACUAUGAAUUCAUUUCAAUUUUAUGGGUAUUGUUUAAAAACUUGUCCUUGUGGAUAUACAGCUAAAUCAAUAGCAGGCUCUUAUCCUCUAUGUUUGUCUAAUGAUGAUGACUCUACAGCGGCGAGCCCGAGUUAUUAUUAUGUGACAUCGCUCACAACAAGUGACCAAGCUGGAGGAAAUGGAACCUUACUCCCCCCCUCCGUGAGUGAACAAAAAAAAUUUGUUCACUCACGGAGGGGGUUAUUUUUUUUUUAAAAAAAAUUUAUAUAUAAAUUUUAUAAAAAAUCCUAAUUCGCAAAAAUUGGAAAGCAAAUAUUAAUUUAAUUUAUAAAAUUUAUGUUUUAAAGAGCAAUUCGUUUAAAAUUAAACAGAAUUAGCUCUAUAUUUCAUUAUACUAAUUAUCAUUUAUAUAUUAAAACUUUUUUCCAUAAAAAUUUUUCUAUUAAAAAAAUUUUUGUUCACUCACGGAGGGUGGGUUUUUUGGCAAAAAAAUAGCGAUUUUUCUAAUGGUUUUGUUCACUCACGGAGGGGGGGGUUAGAAAAUCCAUUCGAGUCAUUAUCACUUGCCUUAACAGCUAUAAACAAUAAAUAUUCAGUUGUUAUAUUACUUAAUGAUGGAGUUCAUUAUUUGACCCAGCUGAAUAAAACAAAUAUCAUGUCAGUUGUGGCGCCUGAUAGCACAAAACCUUAUAAUUCUCAAACUCACAGAAAAAGCUUAACAAUUACUACAGAAAAUAACAGCAUUGUAUAUCUUAAACCAAAGAUUGACUGAAAUAUCAUGACUAUUACUACACAAAACACUGAAUUGAUGACUAUAAGUAAUAUGAUUUUUGAUGGAAAUGAAUGGGUUCAUGGGCGAAAUAGCUGUUUAGAUGGCUAUUGCUCAUAUUGUCCAUCUGUGACUAAACAAUUUGAUGGAAGCUAUAAAGAUGACAGAGGAAAUUCAAUAGUAAAUUUUACUGAUUCAAGCCAAUGCCAAAAUUUUCACAAUUGAAAUUUAAUUGAAGCUGUCAGUGGAACGACUCUUAAACUUAUUAAUAUCACCUUUAAUAACUGAAGAAUGGAAGAAAACUCGAUUAUUUUAAACACUGGAGGAGCUGUUAAUCUCUAUGAUGUAAAUUUUGACAAUAUCAGGACUAAUCCAAGCUCAGGGUCCGCUGCAGUUGUAUUGCAAGAUUGCCAAGGAAGCUCUGGGUAUACUUAUGGAUGUGGGUAUUUCAUUUAUAGCGGAGGCAGCGUUACAAGGCUAAACAAUGGCUUUGAGUAUUCUUCAUCCAUAACACUUAAAGGAUUUUUAAGAGUUUCUAGAGGCCAGGAUAUUUCUAUUGUCAAGGUGACUUUUGCAAAUAAUGCUGUUUAUUCUUCAUCAAUGGCAAAUGAUGACUCUUUAAUUUAUUUAGAAAUUUUUAGGACUCUAAAAAUAGAAUCCUGCACGUUUUCUUAUAAUGUGGUAUACUCUGCCUUGAUUUAUUUAAAGUCAAACAAUCUUGAUCUAAAAUCAACUUUAGAUACUCAGAGUCGAGUUACUGACUAUCUGAUUGAUCAUGUGGUUAUUGAAGAUACAUUAUUUUCAUAUAAUUAUGGGUAUUAUUAUGGGAUUUUCGCAGCUCAAUACCAAACUGAGCUGCAGAAUAUUUAUUGAAAUAAUAUAACAAUGCAAUGCAACGGCGCAGAAAAAGGGGCAUUAGUGUAUAUUUUUAACUACGUUAUUUUAAACCAAUAUAUUUUUGGCCAAACUUCAAUUGUAGCAGCAUCUAACGGAAAUAAAGUCAAUGCUUAUGAACGAUAUAGAACUUUUAGCUGGGAUACUAUAAAAUUUAUAAAUAAUAAUUCAGGAGGCUCAGGAAUGUGGGAUUUUACAAAACUUGUAAACUUGAAUUUAAACAAUAUAAGUAUGACUUCAAAUGGAGCUACUAGCAAUACAGUGAAUAGUAUUGUGCUUAGCACGUGAAAAGCAAACACUAACAUUUAUUUAAAAAACUUAAUUCCGUCUACAGCCUCUUUAGAUUUUUCUUCCUUGGCAUCUAUGAACCAAAUGAUAAAACUUACAAUUAAAAAUUCAAAAAUUGAAGAAAAUCUCGCAUCAGCGUCGACACCUUAUUUAUUACUAACAAACUCAAAUAUAACAGUUUUUGAUAAUGUAAUUUUUGAUACCAAUAUAGGCAAAUCCACAGAUUAUCCCACUGUUUUGUAUAUAAAUGGGGGGAAUCAAACUGAUAUAUCAGACUCGACAGUGAAAGGAAAUAUAAAUAAUGCAGGCCAAGCCUAUGGGACGGUUUAUGCUAAAGGUAGCACUUUAGCAUUGAGUAUUGAGAAGACUGUUUUUACUAAUAAUUAUGUGAAUAAUGCUGGAGCAAUCUUGUUUUCUGGCAUAUCUAUUUCUAUAUCAGAUAGUUCAUUUAUCAAUAAUACAGCAAAUACAAAAGGCGGGGCAUUAUAUAUUCAGCAGUCAGCUGCUGCAAUUAUGACAGUUUCAAUAGAUUCCUGCAAUUUUACUUUUAAUUACGCAUUAAUAUCUCCAGGUGGAGCCAUUUACAUAGAAAACACGGGGGUUGUAUAUAACAUAAUUAGUUUUGCAUUAAAAAAUGCAAUAUUCACUCAAAAUUAUGGCAGUUAUGGAGCUGCUAUUUAUAUAGAUAGCACAGUAAAUCUUGAUCAAAAUAGCAACUCAUCCAUUGUUUCUUCUAGCUUUAUACAAAAUAAUUCAACAACAUCAGGAGCCAUCGCACUCUAUUUUUUAAGUGGAACUUUUCUUAUUUCAGAUUGUGAAUUUACUUCAAAUAUAGGAAGACUUGGCUCAUCUUUGCAUUUAGAAAUUGCAGCUGAGCCAACUAGCUACUAUUCAAGACUUACAAUAGAAUCAGGUAAUUUUAUCCAAAAUAGUGGCCUUGCAGUCAUUUAUAUGACAAAUUCUGAUGUUUAUUCUUACCUUAUUACUGACUCUUGUAAAUUUACAAAUAAUGCAGCAACACCUAUAACACUAGAUUAUGACCAUUGGGAAGAUACAAACUCCGAACUAACUUAUAACGUUGGAAGUCCAUCAGGAGGAGUAAAAAUGCUUGAUGCCUCACUUGCUGUAUGCGAAAAUACAAUUUUUUCUUAUAAUCAAGUGUCUUCAGAUGGAGGAGCUGUUUCUGCAGGAUCAGGUUCUAAAUUUUAUUGUGUAGGCUGCACAUUUAUAGGGAAUACAGCAAAAGGUUCAGGUGGAGCUAUUUUUAGUGAGCAGAAAUCGUUUUUUAACAUCACAAAAUCUUAUAUUAAAGGAAAUAAAUGUGCUGAUAAAGGAUCUGCUAUAUAUAUGCUAGGGUCAACUACUCCAAUCUCUAUCAUUUUGGACUCUAAUAUUACUUAUAAUAAUUCCACAAAUGAAGCUACUAUUGCUCUUCUUGACUCUUUUAUAAACAUUGAAUCAUCUACUAUAACCCAAAAUAUCGCGUCAUAUAUUACCCCAGGAAUCCUUUUAACACUUUCACAAGCUACAAUAUCUAACUCUGCCUUUUCAAGUCAAAAUGGAGACCAAGGAAGUUUUAUAUAUGCGACUACUCAAAGCACAGCGACUGUUUCUAACACAACUUUUACAGGUGGAACAAGUACAAACUCAGCUGGGUCUAUUUUUUCUAUUUCCAGUACUGUGAAUAUUUAUAAUGGGACUUUUAAUACAAACAGUGCCAAAAAUGGAGGAGGUGGGGUCAUUCUGUCUUAUUCAAGCAGCACUUUAGUGAUAUAUAAUAGCGCAUUUUAUAAUUCGUAUAGCAAGGAUGUGGGGGGAGUGAUAAUUGGCUAUGAAAGUGACCUGACUAUUGAUAGCACGAUUAUGAAAAAUUACAAGGUAGGCGCUAUUUAUGGAUCUAAAAUGAAUUCAGUUACUAUAAAAAAUUCAAAAUUUUAUAAUGGGAUUGGCACCAAUGGAGGCUCAUUAACUUGCAUUUCUUGUAUAUCAGUCUAUUUAUAUAACUGCUAUUUUCAAGAAAACACUGCAGAUACUGGUGGAGCCAUUUAUUUAUCUACAUCAAGUGACACAGAAAUAGAAAAUCCUUAUAUCAUAAAGCAAUCAUCAUUUUGGAAUAAUUCAGCAUCAUUAGGAGGUGGAAUAUACACAAACGAUAUCAGUUUAAAUGUAUCCUCUUCUGAAUUUGUAGGAAAUAUCGCAAAUACGACUAGCGAAAUUGUGGGAACUACCCCUGCUACUGGAAAUGGGGGUGGAAUAAAUUUAGCUUGCUCAGAUUUUACGACUUGUGUAUUUAAUAUUACCUAUAACAGCUUUACAGAAAAUUAUGCUAAAUAUAAUGGAGGAGGCAUAAACUGAAUAGAUGUGUUUCCUAUAGCUUAUGGGAAUACGUUUAAAGAUAAUAAAGCUUCUUAUGCACCUGAAAUUUCUUCAUUUGCAAUAAAAUUGAUGGCUGUAGAUAAAAAUGGGAAUCUAGUUGAAUACAAUAGAAGGCUAGAUGACAUUCCGACAGUGACCUCUAUUUCUGGGAUUGCAUCUGGUCAAACUACUACUAAGAGCAUAACCUUGGCACUAGUGGAUUAUUAUGGAAACAUUGUAGCAACAGAUAGCUCAAGCACUGCACAGCUUUUCCCUGAAGAUUCAACCUCUACAACCUUAUCUGGAACCACUAAAACAACUGCUGUUAAAGGUAUAUACUAUUUCGACAGUUUUAUAGUCUCAGCGAAACCAGGGACAAGUGUUUCUAUAAAAACAACGUCUACUGGCAUAGACACCACAAAAGCGUCUAAAAUAUCUGCAAAUGUCACAUUUAUUCCUUCAGUAACUAUUGAUGUUACUCUUCGCUUAUGCAUAAUAGGAGAAGCCACUGUAGGGGUUAAUUGUGACGUUUGCGGGGCUGGGUAUUAUUGCUUAGACCCUACUUACACUCAGUGUUUAGCUUGUCCUUCACAUUCAGCUACUUGUUAUGGAAACUAUACUAUUGUUCCGCAAAAGGGGUAUUGAAGGUCGAGCAAUAUGUCAGAGAAUUUUCUUGCCUGUCCAAAAUAUUCAGCUUGCUUAGGAUCUCCACAGCCUCCUAAUCUAUCUUUUACUGGACUUUGCCAUGAAGGAUAUACAGGAAAUUUGUGUCAGGCAUGCGAAAAUGGCUAUUCGAGAACCAGCACAAAUACUUGCGGAAAAUGUCCAGAUGCAGUUUCUAAUGCUUUUAAAGUAAUUGGAAUAAUGCUUGCUGUAGUUCUUAUAUGUGGAAUAAUGGUAAAAACGACCAGGAAUUCUGCUUACAAGCCGAAGUCAGUGCAGUCAAUAUAUAUAAAGAUUUUUGUGAAUUAUUUACAAAUUGUGAUGCUCGUGACUACUUUUGACUUGCAAUGGCCAUCCAGUGUGACCCAACUCUUUUCUAUACAAAAUGACACAGGAUCAGUAAGUGAACAGGUUUUUUCUUUUGACUGCUUUUUAGACACAGGCCAAGGUAAUGACCAAGUUUAUUUCAAUAAACUUAUUAUUAUGAGCAUAAUCCCUACAAUUAUAGCAUUAGUAUCAGUUAUAUUCUGAGGAUCUGUAGCAAUUUACAAAAAGACUUUAAAAUCAUUUAAAAAUGAUUUAAUUUCUACCAUUGUGAUUUUGCUGUUUCUUUUCCACCCAAAUUUAGUAAAGUCUAUGUUUGCUGUGUUUUCCUGUAGAGAAAUUGACGAAGGAGAGUACUGGCUUGUGCAAGAUUUAGACAUUCGAUGCUGGAAUAGCAGACAUGUAUUUUAUUCUUUGACAGUUGCAGUGCCUUCUAUUAUAGUAUGAGGAAUCGGUAUUCCGACUGUUUCUUUAUAUUUUCUAUGAAGAAAUAAAAGAAAAUUAGACUCAAUUAGUGUCAGGCUUCAGUUUGGGUUUCUUUUCAACGGGUAUAAAGCAAAAUCUUAUUAUUGGGAAUUUGUUAUUUUAUAUAGAAAAAUCCUUAUUGUAUGCUGCUCUGUAUUUUUAGCGAAUGUCAAUACAAGCAUCCAAGCAUUAACUGUCAUGAUGCUGCUUUUACUUUGCCUUUACUUCCAAAAUGUGACGCAGCCUUAUGAUGGUAAUGUUUUAAAUGAAAUGGAAAUUCGGUCAAUUUUAGUAGCUGCUGUUACAAUAUAUUGUGGACUUUACUACUUGACUGGCUCUUUAGAUUCUGUAUAGUCUAAGAUGCCUUUUAUAUUGUUAUAACCAUAAGUUUACAUUAAAGUAAAAAAAAAUUUCAAAUUUAAAAAACUUCCAAUUUGAAGUAAAAAUUUAUUUAAUUUUUAAAUUAAUGUUUUAAGGAUUUUUUCCGAUGGUUUCGUUCGCUCACGGAAGGGAUCUAUUUUCAUCUCACUGAUCAAUAAUUCCUUAUAGGGUAUAUCAAAAACUGUUUUCUUUAUUUUGAUCUGUGCUGUAAAUAUAUAUUUCCUGUAUUAUUGGCUUAAAAAAAUGUUUGGAGCUGGCUUCCAAAUCUUAUCUGAUUUAAUUCCGUGCUUACGAAAAAGAUUCAGCCGGAAAGUCAUGGAUGGGUUCAGUGACGAAAUUUUUGAAAAAUCUGAGCUAAAUCAUGUCAAAGUAAAGCAAGGAGAAAAAUAUUUUUCUAUCAUUGCAAACGAGGACCCAAUGUCAGCGUUACCUGCUGAUGUAGAGUUGGAAAGCAUGCUAAAUAUGGAUAUGAGAAAAUUAUUUUUGCGUGUCGUAGAAAAUAAAUUAGAAUCCACAAAGGGAGUUAAGGAUGUCAGCGUAGAAGAAUAUUUUCCAGGAGAAAUCUAUAAAACGGUGAUGAACGAUUUUGAUCGCACAAAUGAGGAUGCAGAUUCCCCACCUUUUAGAUCUGCAAGUUUAAAAACUAAAAUGCCAAAUAAAUAA